AUGGGUGUAGUCGAAUUAUGGUCUAGUUUGUUUAACGAGAAUCGAAUUAUUUGGUCAAUGCGCCGAAUUUGGAAUAUUAAUUUUGGAGCGGUGUGGAAAACCCUAGAUCGAUUCAUUAAUGAUAGUAGAUUUGAAAUUUCUAUUUUUAAAGUUAAAGUCAUUCAAAUAAUUUGGGCUGACGGAUUAUGCAAAGCGGCGCUUUUGGAUAAAGAUGAAAGGAUUAACAGUGAAAUUAAUAUCAACAAUGAUUAUACAUGGGAAUACUCAGUAUUUUGGAAUAAUACGAUGGUUAAAAAAAUAUUACCAACUUUUACAAUGUUAAAGUUAAAUCAACGUAAUCCGGAAUUUUAUGAAACUAGCAGAUGUUGUCAAUGUUAUGAAACGAUUGAAACGUGGACGCACUUAUGGAUUUGUAGAGAAAAUGAUACUACUAUGAUACAAAUUAUUAAUGAGACGUUCGAAAAGUUGAAUUGUCGAUUAGAUGAAAACGACUUUAGAAUAUCGUUUAAUUAUCAUGCUAAGUUGUUACAAAUAUUGAAUGAGCGAUCGUUAAUGAUCUUUAACGGAAGAAUUUUUCAUGAAACAGUCAAGGGGAUUGUCAACAAAAAACUUUAUUUGGGUAUUAACGAUAACACAUUUAAGGAUGUUAUCAAGGAAUUUGUGUUUAAUAUUAAAGAAUAUGCUCGGAAAUAUAUCUGGAAUGAAAUGUAA